AUGGAAUUUAGGCCCAACUGGGCAAAAAAUCAGACGUACAAAUGCCUUCUGCUGGGGGAUUCUGGCGUAGGCAAGUCCACUUUCCUGCGUCGCCAUGUCACCGGAAAGUUCACGGAGCAGCAUGUGCCCACCAGGGGUCUCCUCGUGCACACGCUUCUGCUGCAGGCAGAUUACCAAGCGGUGGCACUAGAGCUCUGGGAUGUGGCGGGCAAUGCCAGGCAUGGGGGUCUGCAAAAUGGGUACUACUUCCAUGCCAAGUGCGCCAUCGUCAUGUUCGACCUGAGUGUUGAAUCCUCGGCUAUAAGUGUGGUGCAGUGGCUCCGCCAAUUGGAGGAUAUAUGUGGCCCUGAAAUUCCGGUGGUUAUUUGUGGAAACAAGGCGGACUUGAUGCCAAUGCCAUUGAAUUUGCUUUAUCGUCGUCGCAGUCGCUUGGACUACUGUGAGAUUUCUGCACGAGCCGCUUGGAAUCUAGAUGAGCCACUGAGUCUCCUCUGUCGGAGAUUGCUAAACAAAUCCAAUUUGGUGUUGAUUUCCCAGCCGAUCCUCAAGCCAUUGCCUGGUUGUGUGCUGGACGAGCAAAAGAUCCGACGGCGAGUAAAGGACAUAAGGAAGAAUGCUCUUUCGGAGAAAGAUGGGGAAGUGAGACUACGAACGGCAACCAAAGGGCAGCGCAUCGUCCUAAAUUGA